AUGGUGCACAAGACAUCAGGCGACUGGAGACCCUGUGGCGACUGCCGUGCUCUCAACAACGCCGCCAUUCCCUAUCGGUACCCUGUGCCUCAUCCUCAGGAUUUUGAUGGAGCCCCUUUCGAUAAAGCGGUUUUCUCGAAGAUUGACCUGGUGCGUGCCUUUCAUCAGAUUCCCGUGGCCCCUGAGGAUAUUCCAAAAACCGCCGUCACUACACCUUUUGGCCUCUUUGAAUUCAUCCGCGUGUUCUUCGGUCUUCGUAAUGCCGCCCAGACGUUCCAGAGGUUCAUUGACCAUGUUAUAUGUGGCCUACCGUUUGGGUACGCCUACAUCGAUGACCUCUUGGUGGCCAGCCAGAAUGCCGAAGAACACAAAGGGGGCCUACCUUGGUGUUUGAACGCCUGGACAAUUUCGGCGUUAUCAUCAAUCCCUUUAAGUGCGUGUUAGGUGUGCCCUCGCUCAAAUUCCACGGCCAUCAUGUCGACUCUGAAGAUUGGCGUCUUCUAUUCUCCAAGAGGCUGAAAAAAUCCCAGAUUUCCCUCUACCAACUUCCAAACGUCAGUUGCAGCGAUUCCUAGGCAUGAUUGACUUUUACUGCCUGUUCCUACCGAACGGUGCUGACCUUAUGCUGCCGCUCAUCAACAUGCUUUCUGGUCCCGAAGGCACCCUCGAUCUUACUGGCGAAAGACUGACUGUUUUUGAGAGAAUCGAGAAUUCGCUUGCCGGCGCCACCAUGUCACGCAUCCCGCUCCCAAAACUCAACUGUCCCUGA